AUGACAAGUCUAAAAGACAUUUCACGCAACAUUAUUUCUACCGUUAAUUCUUCGAGUGCUGAUGUUCAACCUACUAUCGAUCUUAUUGAUAAUUUUAUAACGACACAGGAAUUUCAUGCGGAUCGUGAGAGACUUGAUAAAAUUAACAAAUAUUCAUCAGAAUUAAUUUCCAUAUAUAAUUCUAUUCAAGAUAAUCCACAAAAGUUUUACAUAUUUCUGAAAUGCUUGCGAGCUUCAUUGCCUAUCUUGGGACCUGAUGUAGUUAUUCCCGAUUGGUGUGAUAGGAUAUUACUUCCGAUUCUUAAGUCUUCACUUCAGCCAAAGGACAUUAUUGAAGAAGUCAAAGGAAUAAUCCGUGAAGUUUUAGUAUGUGAAACGGAUCGGGUGAUAAUAUUUAGAAAGGAAAUCCUUGAACUUUAUUUAAAUGAAUCAAGUAUGAUUGGAAAGGCUGCUGGUGAAGGUCAUGGAGUUGUGGGUGAACAAGUACAUGCAUUCUGGUGCCGUAACUUGGAAAAUGUACUUAGGGGAUUUGGAAGCGUGAAAACGAAGGAUUUCUUUGUACUUUUGGAUUCAUAUUUUGCUCAGAAACAAUAUCGGCUACAAAUAUUAAAUCUACUUGGGGAAUUUAUUCAACGACAGAGAUUAAACAUUCAUCAGAUUUUGGAGACUCCUCUUUUUGAUUCAUUACUUAUAUCGCUGCAGAGGGAUACUUCUACAACUUUGAUUUCUUUAUCAUUGACAACGCUCGUCAUGCUCUUGCCUCAUAUAUGUACAUCCGUUGUCAAUUAUCUUCCACGCCUUUACAUCGCCUUUACCAGGAUUUUAUGUUGGGAUAAAUAUGACUCUCGAUGUACAAAUUUUGAUGGUGAAUUGAUUGGAAGUGAUUUAAAUAUUACCGAGGGGCGUGAUAUAUCAAAAACUGAUGCUGAAUCCGACUGGGAAAGAUACUCUACUUUCGAUAGUAUACCUUCAACACCACCAAAUUGUUCACACCUUUUUACGAUUUUAUACGGAAUGUUUCCAUGUAGUACAGUUGAAUUUUUAAGAAAUCCAACAGCUUGGAUAAAGAACAUGAACCAUAUACCUUGCGAAGAUAUUGAUGAUGAUGUCGUUAGAUCGAGAAGUAUGCCAUUAUUACGUCGUCAUACAUUUCAUCCAAACUUCAUUUUGAGCGAUGCCCAAAGAGAAUUAUCUGACACUUCGCGUUGGAUUAAACUUGAACCCGCCGAUGUUGUUGCAGAAUGUAUUGGGUAUGACAUGGAAAACGCAUCAACAAAGCAUCAGAUCAGUGAGUUGGAGGACUUUACAAAAAAGGCUCUGGAAGGGGUUGAUUCUACAAAUGUUGCAACGAAAACUACAAAGAUUAGACGACCAUCACAGGCAAUAUCAAUACAAGAAAUAAUGGAUGUUCAUCAAGCUUUAAAAAGUGGUGUUGAAAUUGUUGUUGGAGACGACCCAUGGGAUUCAAAGAUAAUUUCGUCAAAUUCUAUCAGUUCUACAUCACCAUCUGACCAAAGUUUAAGUGUGGCACAAUCUUUUAUGCCCUCGUCGAAUGUACAAGCUAGUAUCGCAUUUCUCCAGCGUGAAAUAAUGUUACUUAGGAAUGAGUUAAAUUUUGAACUCUAUCUUAAACAACAACACCUCCAACACAUUGGCCGUCUUCAUCGUGACCAUGUGUUGGAUAUUAGUGCAGAAGCUGAGCGUCAAAAUUUAUAUAACACAUGUAAAAACUUAAAACUGCAAUUAGAGAAAACCCAAUCAGCCUUUAAUAGACAGAGAGAUGAGAAUGCAAGCAUAAAGAAAAAGCAUGUUCAAUGGGAAGAUGAAUUAAACGCUAAAUUGAAAAAAUAUAGAGAGGAAAAAAAAGAAUGGAAGACAGAGUUGGACAAAGUUGAAGAGCAGUUGAGGGAAGCCAAGCUUACCAUUAAAGCACAAGCGAAGCAGAUUGAACAUGCAAAUGCAAGGAAUUUUGAUCUUGAGAACCAUAUUAAAGUAUCUGAACCUCAACUUCAAAAAUUAAGCGAAUAUGAAAAUCGUAUCGAUCAAUUAACGAAACAAUUACUUCUUUGGGAAGCUGAUACUCGUAAAUUUCAAGAGCAAAAGUGCCACAUGGAAAUUCUUGUAGCACAGUGGAAUAAAAUGGAAAUAAUGUUGGAGACUAAAGAGAAAGAAAUCAAUCAGUUAAGAACGACAGUGAGUUCGCAAUCACUCGUCAUUGAUGAUCUGAAAAUAAAGUCGGAAUCCUUGUCGCAAAAUCAAUCCGGCCAGGGGAUAGCGCUAGAAAGACAGAUGCAGAUAUGGACUUUUGAGCGAGACAAACGGGAUAAAGAAUUAAAAAAACUAGAGACUGCUUAUGAAAUGGUAAAAAAACAAAAUUGUGAAUUGCAGUCGCGUAUCAUUGAACUUACGGCUAAAAUUAAAUCAAUUGAUCCAUCUAAGUCAUGA